AUGUUGGCAGGGGGAGCGACAGGCAGGACGAGUCCCCGCCUGGCGCAGACCAAUGAGAGCAAGGGCGUUGAAGCAAAUGAGGAGGCUGUCGACGAGGUUGCCGGGGGCUGGACGCACUCGCACUCGCGAGACGGACUAGUAGGCGAUGACAAGACCAACGGCCAGGUUCCGAGCGCUGGGUGCUUGCUUGGCCCGACGGACAAGGACGUACCUAAUACAGGAGUCAGGGCAGGACGACCUGUCCACGCCCCGCUGGGGCAACUGAUGGCCCCUAGCUCUGCUGGGAGCACUGUGGGACGUGGACGAUACCCGAAGGACUGGCUGGCUUACAUACAAAGUGGGAUUCUCCGCGACAAAAUGCCCAACAAGGGCAUUGUGAUCCUAGGCCCAGAUAGAUACCGGGCGCGCUGGGCAACAAUGCAGGCGGUCGGUCAGGUCAGGCCAAGUCAAGUCGCUGUUUAA